AUGCCCUCUGUUUCCAGCACGACCGAGGCCUGUAGCUACGCCGCCACCCGCCGUAUUGCCCAAACUGCAGGCAAAUUAUCGGCCGCAUACGGCAUUGACCGCACACGACAGCGAGUCGCGAGGCUGAUGUCUGUCGAUAGUGCUUGCGGGGAACUGACUACGUCGCCCAGGCCGACUCCCGCGGCCAGAGCCGGCUCCGAACCUAGCAAAACAAUUUGA